GGCUAUUACCUCUCUGCUAUAUAAGACAGGUUGGACUGCAGCACCUGGUCUGUCUGGAUAGAUCCCAAAUGACAUUUUCUAAGGGGAAUCUGAGAGCUUUUUGUUUAUGAAUCUGGCAAAUUUCUCCUAUUAUUCAGGCAUGUGCACCAUGACUGCAGAUUCACAGCAAUCCCCCUCUGAAGCAUCAAGUCCAAUGGGGACAUCCCCCAACAUGUCUAUGGAGUCCCCAGGGUCCAUCAGAGUGAAGGAAGGGGUCUCCAUCAAGUCUGAGCCCAAAGCGAUCUGUAGCCCAGAGGAAGAGGUUAGUACGGGACAGCUGGAGGAGCAUACCCAGACUCCAGGUGGGAGAAGGAGAAAGCGUCCAGUCCAACGUGGGAAGCCCCCGUACAGUUACAUAGCUCUCAUUGCUAUGGCCAUAGCCAAUUCUCCAGAGAGGAAGCUGACACUUGGUGGCAUCUAUAAGUUCAUAAUGGAAAGGUUUCCUUUCUACAGAGAGAACUCAAAAAAAUGGCAAAACUCCAUCAGGCACAACCUCACCCUCAAUGACUGCUUUGUCAAAAUCCCCAGGGAACCAGGACACCCUGGCAAGGGUAACUACUGGACCUUGGACCCAGCAGCAGAGGACAUGUUUGACAAUGGCAGCUUCCUAAGGAGGAGAAAGCGAUUCAAGAGGACAGAUAUAACCACUUACCCGGGAUACAUGCAGAACAGCAGCGCCUUCACCCCUACCCCAGCUGGCAGACCAACUUACCCCAACAGCAUUUACUCCAGCGUCGGGUCUGGAUACAACCAUCAGAUACAUACACAGUCCCACCACCCAAGCAUGGUUCAUCACUACCAGGUCCCUGGAGGAUCUGGCCAAGGUCAGCACAGGAUGUUCAGUAUAGACAGCCUGAUAAGCCAGCAGUCUGUAAUGCAACCAUCCCCUGGAUCAGAACUGAAUCAUCACUCACUGGGCUUAAAUGGGGACAUUGGGACCAUGACCAGCAGCUGUUCUGUAGCAGACCUUUCUUGCUUUCAAGCUCAAUCUAUCAGCCCAAAUGGAGCAGGAGCCCUAAUCAACAGACCGUCUAAUGCCAUUUCUUCUAACCUGAUUUACAACUAUUCAUCAUCCCCUCCUCACCUGUCAGUGCCCCAGGCCGGCUACUCCCCCAAUAACUCCCAGAUAUAUGGUACCUCCAACAGACUGUCUAUAAGAUCUGGACCCUGCAUAGAUCAUACAGACCAGCUCUUGAACUUGCCAGGCUCUCAGGUGAAUGGGGUAUGCCAGUAUAAUAACAACUCCUAUAUGAGACAGGGCAGUUUUGCCUCUGGACUUGAAAGAUACAUGUAGCUAAAACAUGUAGAAUUAGAGACUUUUGAUUCAAAAAUGUGUCAUUCCAUUAAAUCUUC